AUGCAUCUCAACCAAACGCAGACUAACGAGGAACUUGUUGACAACGUCACUUCUUCGCUACAAGAUUCGAGUUCGACGCCAUCUUUAUCCCUGCCUGGCCACAUUAGAUGGGUUUCAACGGCCAUCAUAGCGGUGGUGUUGGUAGCUGGUGUGGUGGGUAACCUCUUGGUACCUGUUGUCGUGCUCAGAGGCAAGAGAUCUACUCCAGUCUACUUCAUGACAAAUCUGGCGAUCGCACAUCUACUUGUUCUUGUUAUUUGUGUGCCGACUGUGCUUGUGGAACUGCAGUCUACUCCUGAGGCCUGGGUGCUUGGACCCUUCUUAUGCAAGGCGCGGCCCUUCGUAGAGUACACUGCGGUGCACGGCUCGGCGGCGUCGCUGCUGGUGGUGUCCCUGGAGCGCUACGUGGUCGUGUGCCGCCCCCUGCACGCCUCCAGCAGCAUGACCCGACACACGUGCGUCACGGCCCUGCUGAUCUGCUGGGGCGCUGCACUGCUCUCCUCCAGCCCCAUCCUAUGGAUCCAGUACUCGAGCGACGCCCUGUUCCUGGACGGGGUACGGCGCCCCGUGUGCCUGACGGACCUACAGCCUCUGUGGGCGCGUCUCUACUUCGUGGUCGUCGCCGUCGUGUUCUUCUUCGUGCCGCUGCUGCUGCUCGUGGCUCUCUACGGCAACAUGGCCGCCAAGCUGCUGCAGGACACCUCGCAUCUCGGAAUUACAGGCCCCAACCCGCACCUCCGGACCAGACGACAGCUGGUUCUGAUGCUGGCACUGGUGGUGUUCUUCUUUUUCCUCUGCCUUCUUCCCCUACGAAUCUUUCUCCUUUGGAUCUUGGCUUCUCCUCAAGAAGACAUCCUGGCCCUGGGCAUGGAAGGAUAUUACACGCUCCUGUAUUUCUGCAGAGUCAUGUUCUACCUCAACUCGGCUCUGAACCCCGUCCUUUAUAAUGUUACGUCACGCCGAUUCCGGGUCGCUUUCGUUACGAUUUGUUGCGUUCGUACCGAUAGACGUCCGUUGCAAUCAGAUUUCUUUACGUCAUUUACUAAGAGGGAAGUCGAGUGCCCUCAAAACAGACUGCCUCUGAAGGAGUGCGGCAGUCUAGAAAAUAAAGACAAAAAUAUAGCGCGCAAGUUCAAGCUAGAUCAUUCUAGUAGUUAAAGUGUAGGAAAAUCUUGCUAGGUAAGGCUUGUAAAUAAUUUUCCAGUUAAAUACAGAGACAGCUCUACUAGUUAAAGCACAGAGAGAAAUUUUCUAUUCAGAAUUCUGGGAUAAUUUUCCCCAAAUGAAAUUUAAAAACUAGUCUUGGGAAGAACAUUUAAAAAUUAUAAAAAAAACAGUCGAUUUCAUUUAUAUUCGGAAAUAUUUUUUUUACCAGUGGCUGUGCUUCCUUCAUGGCAAGUAGAAAAGCUGGUAAUGGAUCGGCUAUGAUUGAAUUCUAUAGUUACAAAUUACUUAUCCAUCCUCUGUACAGUUUUGAGGAAGAUAAAAAUCAGUACAAGUACUGCAGUAGCUCUAAUUUUAAUAGCUUUAUCGUACAAAUAUAUAUAAUCAGGUGUAUUUUUUAACGUGUGCUUACUUCAAAUAGACUAACUAUCACCUUAAAUCAAGUUUAUCUAGUCAUUCAACAAUAAUAUGUACAACUGUACAUAUUAUUAGCUUUCUCUGAACAAAUGCCUGAUGGAUUACUUGAUCAUUCAUUAUCUCCUAUUAAUUAAGACGUAAUUUUGAUUUGCAUGCUGAAAUCUUUAGUAUUAUUCUGAUGAGGGGCAAAUUUGGACAGAAAAUUCUUAAACUUUCUGAUUUUCCACUUGACGAAGAAGACUGAGAAAUGCUUUCCAAUAACCCGAGCAGUUAAUGUGUUUGUAUUUCAUUCAUAUCUAUGUUUAAAUUAUUGAGGCAAAUAUUUGAAAAAAUGGAUCUCUGAGGCGGAAAAUUCUCCUAAUUUGGUGUAAAAUUUUGUGCUACGCGUACACUUUAUGAUGUUUUUCUGGCCUUCAAUAAAACCUGAGGAAAUGUA